UCGGAUGACGAAGAGCUCUGGUGGUGUUUUAGGAAAGCGUUUGCAUCAAGAAUCCCGACCCGACAUCAGAUAGAUGAGUUAACAUUAUGGUGUUGAUCAAGGAGCCUGUAUAGGCGUGUGUCGUUCACUAAGUAUCCAACAUGUGUGUUACAGCGCAAGUACUUGUAUGGAGUGUACUAGCGAUACUUACAAAAGCUGAUAGACCGUUUCUUAGCAUUGACCCUGUGAGGGUUGAGGAAGGUUCGCCCUUCACAUUGAUAUGCACGACGACAGAAAAAUAUAUUUGGUACAUCAACUGGAAGAGAAACGCCAAAGAUAUUUUCGGCUUGGGUCCAGAUACGGGUUUGGCCAAAACAAAUGAUGACUUUGAGAGCUUGAAGAAUCGAGUCGUGUACAGCAUUAACCCAGGGAAGCAGUAUAAUGUGACCUUGACCUCUGUAACGGAAGCGGAUCAUGGGUCAUCGUGGACGUGUCGGGUCAGAGGUGAAGACAGCAACUCGGUACUCCUGAUGGUUGGAGAUCUGCCUUUAGUUUCAACAACGGUUCCACCAUCAACCAUGGCUACUUCAACUAGUCCGACAACAACCAUGACAACAACUAUGAACGCGACAACUUCGACCAAAUCGUCGACGACUACAAAACCAUCAUCUACCACAAAGACACACGUGGCUACAUCGACGACCGUGGCAUCAGAAUCUACAGCAGAACGUUCAACUACAGCAGAAAGUUCAACUACAGCAGAAAAUUCAACGUCAACCGAAUCAACAGUACAGACCUUUGCCAAUGGAACGUCCACACCUAUGACAACUAUCCCAAUUAAACGAGCCGCCCGGAAUUCAACGUCUCCCGCUACCACCAGCAGCCCAAACUUUGACUUCGCCUUGAUAGCAGCGGGAGUCAUCGGCGUCAUCAUCCUUCUGGCCGUGGCCUUCUGCAUCGCUGUAGUCGUCAGAAGACGCCGGAGGGAUUCCUACAUGUGAUGGUCACUGAAAAACCGAGACAUUUAUGUGAUGCUCUGAUUAGACGUUCAUUAUUACUAUUUAGUGCUACUGAGGAGGAGCGUUUGUGUGUGAUAGCUAAUGGGGAUGAAAUGUC